GUCAACGUCCCAUACAUCACCCGCGAGGCACAUAUCACGGAGAAACAUAAGAGCAGCUUCCAAAUAAGAUGUAACCACCUCCCUCCCAUUGCUAGAGAGUUACACUUGAUAGUACUACUAGACCACUGCGAGCUCCCUGUGGCUAUUAGUGCGAGUCUCACGCGAAAAUGACCGAUUUCAUUUCAAACGCGGACUAGUGGUCAAAACCCCAUCGAAUCACCUCAGCUAAGUUUCAGGUGAACCUGGACUGAGGUGAGCCGUACUGUACGAAUCUGUAAGCAACUCAACUUUGUCGAUGAUUCUUUUUGGCCAAUUAUCACCCCGGCGAGGGUCUUGUCGGAGACGAUAAAUACCCGCCGGUCACGGAGGUUUGCCACACCCAAGUUGUUCUUGACGCUCUGACGUGACUCCGCUCACGAGCAAUAUGACAGAACUGCUCUCGACAGCCUGCAUCCUCGUUAGCAUCGUAACCACGUCCUUCAUGACGUUAAGGAUUUGUUGGUCGAGUUUGGAGCGGACGAUGAAAGUGGGGAUUUUAAAACGACGCAGUUUACGAGUAUGGCGUGGUUGGUCAUCGCAAAGCGGUUGUCAAAGAGCACAAGGAUGCAAUCAAAGACGUAGAGACUUUGAGAGUUGAAAUACUGUCAAUCAGGAUUGUCAG